UGUCGUUUAGGUGCUCGCAAUGACUAUUUUCUAAAAUUCGGCUGUGGUCUUUGGACCUAUAGAAUCAUUGCAUGUCGCCUACACGACAAUAUGAUGACAUCCGUCACGUUACCCUCAACUUCUGGUCCCUUACACGGAGGAUACUCCUCAGUAGCCGAGGAAACAACAAGCAGCGAGCCCGAGUUCGAAACACCUCGUCCAGUAAAACGUUGUCUAGUAACACCACUAACCGAUUCAUGCAAAAAGCGGAGAAAACAAUCGACACCAGUCCGAAUUUCAGCAGCCGAAUCCGACGUUCAUACCGAAGGUAAGCCAAGUUCGACCUCCCCCGAGCCAGAACUGCAGUGUCCCGUGUGCCAAUUAUAUUUCAACACCUCUGAGCAACUACAAAACCACGUAAUAUCGGAUCAUUCCGCGGUCGAAUGCAAGAAGGAACCGGAAGAGUUCGUGGUGAACCCGCAGGAGCGCGCCGAAACGCCCUUGGAACUGACGUCGAACAGAGCAGAGGUGCCAUGGAUGAACGAGCUGCAGGGCAAGGAAUGGAUAAACCCAAAUUUGCACGGCUUGCCUUUCAACCCCACAAAUCCGAUGUUUAUGACCUUACCUCAGUUUGCACAGCCCGAUAAUAUGCCGAGGCAGCCGAUCAGAAUAUUCAACCCGGACGCGUACUGCGACCUGUGCAACAAGGAAUUUUGUAACAAAUAUUUUUUAAAGACUCACAAGGCCAACAAGCACGGCAUCUAUUCCGAUCCUCCCUCGUCAGAGCCUUUAGUGAAUAACGUAAACAUUGCUUCUUAUGCUGGAACGAUUAAACUCCCAACUUCCGUGCCAAGUGUAGAAAUAUCAACCGUUAAAAAUGAAAAAUCCGCCAACAUGAUCAACCCCUUCAACAAUUUGUUCCCAAAUCCGUUCUCAAACAAAUCCUUCCCGCAGAAAACAAACAAACCGAAUCUCCCGAAUUUAUAUGAAAGUGAAUCGAAUGAAAAUGUUCCUAAUUCAAAUGGUUUCUCAUCAAACAGUGAAAGUGAUAAAGUUACUCCAGAUGACCAACCAACUGAAGAAUCAUCUAGUCCUAGAAACGUACAAACCGAAUCUACCUCAUUUAAAAAUGAUUCUGAAGGGGGAAUCUAUUACAUUCCCCAAAGCAAAAUGUCUCCAGGUAACGAUAUAGAAAUAUCCAAUCGCCUGAGAAGAAUCGGCGUCAUGAAUCCUAAAGCAUUUUGUGAGAUAUGUUGCAAAGAAUAUUGCAACAAAUACUUUUUGCGGACCCAUAAAAUGAAACGUCACGGUAUCUACAUUCCCGAUGACAAAGAAAAAGACAGCAAACCCGAAAGCGGCGGCAAUUUUCCUUGGCAGAAUAACAUGCAAACUAGUCCUUUAAAUUUAAUAAUGACAGAACAAUCGAAUACCGAUCGCAAAACUACCUCACCAUCGGACAUCAGUUGCGACAUAUGCGGAAUCAAAUUCCAGAACGCCAGUCUAUCUCAGCUACACAACGUGAGCGUCCAUUCGAAAAACUAUCCGAAAGAAGAAGACCAACAACACCAGGAUCAGGCAGGCGAAGAAUGCAAGAAAGAAAGUUCCUCGAACGAAAAAUCGCUGAACGCCGAAGCGAUCAGCGAAGAUUUGCAAAAACUUCAAACGAUGAUUCUGCAACUGAACGAACUCGACGUGAGCAAAGUGUGUACGACUUGCAACGCGUGCAACAAAGAGUUCGAAAAUCGUUAUUUUUUACACGCCCAUAUGAUGACAGAGCAUGGAAUCUUGCUCGACGAUGUUGCAGACGGUGAUAAACCUGUUGAAUCCGAAAACAGUUCGAAUAAUAAUACCAUGUGCGAUUUGUGCGGCAAAGACGUUCAAAAUGUCGACGAAAUGAAGAAGCACUUGUUAGAAUCUCAUCCCAAUCAUCAGGGAAAUAUCGACAAUAUCAAGGAGGAGUUUAACGGUUUCAGUACUCCGGAAAAGACCGUCAACAGGAUACCGGUUUCGAACGCGGAACGUAGAAUCAGCAUGAACGUGACUCCGACGAGUAGCUAUUGCGACAUUUGCAAUAAAGAAUUGUGUAAUAAGUAUUUCAUGAAGACGCAUAUGCAGAGAAUGCACGGGAUAGAGAUCGAGAACGGUGCACAGAUCGGCGGAGUGAUUUGCGACAUAUGCAAUAAAGAGUUGUGCAGUAAAUAUUUUUUAAGAGUUCACAAGCACAAUACUCAUGGUAUAGUCGAGUACGGUACUAGUCUUUUGCAGCCGCGUAAGAACGAAGGUGAGACGACGACCGCGGCAACCGCGCCUCAUCUGCCUGCCGAACCUGAUCCGGCUUUGAAACCAGCGGAUUUGGCCGACUUGAGUCAUCGCUAUUUCACCCAUUUCACCGAGGUUUGCUCUAUAUGUAGUCGACGUUUCCGCAGCACGAAAUGGCUGAAGGCACAUCUGUUGAGCGACCACGGUCAAGUCGGAGCGGAAAAAUGGGCUGAAUUAGAGCAGCAGUUGCAACAGAGCAUCGGCCAGCAUUCAAAAGCCGGGAUAAAGAGCGAACGCGGUAGUCCGACGCUGAAAAUACCGAACGGCGGUCAAGAGAGAAAAGAAGUCGGUAUACAAAACGUCCUCUCGAGUUUGUUUGGGGUUGACGAAUCAAGUACAAAAAGUUAUCCAUGUUCCUAUUGCCCUUUUACGACUCCUCUCCUUCCGUUACUGUUCGUACACGAAAGAUCUCAUACGAUGUCGACGGACGGUGCACCGUUGAAGUGUCCAGUGUGCACCCAAAGCUUCCUGCAGCCAGAAUUGUUGCAGCAUCACAUGUUUGCUCAACAUCCAUUUCUUCCCUUGCCGCCGUUUUUUAAUGGGAACGAGAACCCUGGCGAGACGUCCAAGGAGCCGUCCGAGAACGCCGAAGACGACGAUGGAGGAGGCAAGAACAAGAAGAAGGGGAAGGGGAAACGAGUCGAAUUGUCGCCAGAAAUCGGACAAAGUUUGAAAGACGUGGCGAAAAGGGCGCAAGUUCCUGCUGCAUAUGCGUUGCCUCAGGGGGGCGAGGAUGCGGGGUACGUGAUGCAGGCGUUUUUGGUCGAGGAGGCUGCAGCGGAAAAAAGAAUCGUGCCGGCCGUUGUGUUCUUGCCGGUAUUCCAAAAGCAGCCCGCACCUCUCACCGUUACAUUCACUCUCACCCCGGCCUAAGCAGUUUCCUACACGUAGUUUGCAUAGAUGUGACAUAUUUUUUUAAGAAACUAUCGAUGGCGAUUCGACGACACCUGUGAUUUUUAUUAAUUUUAUUUGAUUAUAUUGUAUAAUCUUAAAGAAGUAUAUAUAAGCGUAUUCCUAUAUUUGCAAGAGGCCUCAUAUAUUAUGGGGAACAUAUGAGCACAUAUUUUUAUGCAAAUACCGGAAAGACUGAGUGAAAUUUUAUAUAGUCUGUUGAUUUUCACUUUAAAAUAUCGAGAUACUGAUGUUUUGUACGAUAGAAAGCUUUAGGUGAUGUUUAAAGAAGUUCCUAUUUUAUCUCUCGAUAUGAUACUAUUCGUUCACAAGUGUGUAUGUAUUGAGUUGUUAGAUGUAGCUUGCUCAACAGUCAGUUAACGUUCCGCAUGCCCAGUCCACGCAACUCAGGUUCCUGGUAAAUUCAUCGAAAUUUACUCCUCGAACCCAUCCAACUAUCGAAAACCAUCACCUGCUCUUGGUUUUGGUCAGUUGCAUGGUCAAAUUUUUGGGGAGUCCCCGGACAAGCGCAACUCAGGGUUAGCUGAAACGAGUACAAUCAGACCUCAAACGCGGCAUGACCGUUUUCCUGUCUCGAGUUCCUGACUAGUAGUAGGAUAUAUCACGUUCACAUGAUCACUUGUCUCCGCCGGGGCGGCGGUCCCUCCGGACCGCCCCUUCUGCGGCCUAUAUCAGCAACGCGCCUCUGACCCGUCGUCUAUCCGUAUUUUUUAGUUCGUUGUUCAGUUCAGUCCCACGGCCGGGCGUCUUCCACGCUCCAUAUCCUCAUAAACUCCAGAUUAAAAUGUUGCCGGACGACGUGACGCCGAAUAACUACUGGACGCCAUACGUUGCCUCCGCAGUACAAUCAAUACCCUCAUAACUUUGUCAAUUAUGCCACUCUAACCUCCACCGAGCUAAAAUCAACCUAAACAUUCCACAAGACGCGAGCGCCCAAGUCGUCCCGGUAGCAUCCCCAAUACACGCCCUCGCCACCGGGGACACGCCACCGCACGACCACAGCCCACGACGUCGAUGUUUAUCUCGACGCAUCGAUAAUAAACCAAAAUCGAAAGCAAACACACGAAAUUUUUUUCAUCCGUCAAAUUUCAAAAUCAUGCUCAUUCCGCGAUCGUCGGUAGGCGAGGGCGUCUUGUCGAUUUCAAACGGAAUCUUUUUUUUAAAGUGAGAGAUCGUUUUUUGAGUCUUAAAAGCCUUCGGACGCAUCAGGUGCCACUUUGAAUAGAUUUCCUUUGAAGCCGACGUGGGUCUUAAACGUCGGCAAACAUUCCACCGGUAACUAACAUAUUGUUUGAAUUGUUGUAUAGUACAAAACUGACUACCUUUGCUAAUUACUAGUUAUAAUACUAAGCUGUGUGCCUUGAGUAAUUGCAAAAUGACCUGCUAUUUCAUAAUGUAACAGCCUGGGUGCUAUGAAAUAUUAUAUCUAUGUUUUUACAUUGUAAGGUACAAAAUACAGAUGUUUAUAACGAUACAGUGUUCGUAUUCAAAUUGCAGGAACGUUCGGCGUAAUUACGUCGAUAACGGCCACCGCGCCACCGUAUAAAACGACCAUUUUUGGUUUUAUGACCGAAUGCAAAUUAUUUGUGAUUUCUUUACAAUUUUUUGUAUUAUCGAAGCCCCGUCCCUAUUUCCUAAAUUCUGUAAACAUCUGCUUUGGCGCGUGCCCACCUCCCUUCGACCUCCCCUCUCUCUAACCUUGACAAAAACCCCUAAAACGCGUUAUUUUUUUUCAUACUUGUAGGUAGAAUUAUGCAUCUGUUCAACACUCGCAUUAUACAUGCUCAAUCUAGCCGAAUGAUUUAAAACCGGUCACGAGCAAUUACGAACGUCUCCAAGAUGGCCCCGGGAGGGGAAGCAAUUAAUUAAAGCGCUUUUUAAUUAACGGCGCGCGGAGGGAUGGAUGAUUGCCGUUACCGUUCCGCACAAAUCAAUUACUGCAGUCGUACGAAUGCGUUUCUAUAGGAAAAAAUUUGAAUACGAACACGUGGUAUCGAACAAUCGUGCUACUUGUGUAACAAUACGUGCAUAAUUUAUGUGCAAAACGCCAUAGAAAUGGAAGUGAGCCUUGAUAAAACACUAUUCGCACGUCAGUUGUUAUUUAGCAGGCGACCACGUAGAAAAGGCCUCACUUUUUAACAAAAAAAUUGUAAGGUGUUCGAUUUAGGAUUAAAUGAGCAAAAAAUCAAAAUCGCGGUUCGUAUCUCGCGGACGUUCCAUGUUAAUCAUAAGUUGUUCGUAGUAUAAUGUUCCAGAACUCUCGAGGUACGAAACGCGGCACAAUAAAUUCUUAUUCGUUAAAAAUUUUUUAAUACGGGUUCUAUGAUUGCGUUACGCUAACUUAUCUGUAUGUGUUGAAUUUUUUUAGGAAUCGCGUUGGAGUUUUACCUUAUUUUUAAAAAUUUAGAGAUAUGUGUUACGAAUUUAGUGCACACUGUCCUAAAAAGUGUCCGCACGUCUAGUCCUAAACUAGUCAUUUUUUUAUUAAUUAAUUAAUUAGUGGAUUAAUUUAAACAGUCGUCGUUUAUUUAUCGAUUCUAGUCAGCGUUGUGUGCGCAUUUUUCUGUGUUUUAAUUAAAUACGAUUGUUUACUUUGGCGAUAAAUUGUGUUUAAUUUGGUUGACUUUUUUAGGUGACAGUGUGUAUAACUUUGUCUAAAUGUUUGGGCUACAAGAAAAUCCCGCAAUAAUAGAAACCCUUAGCAACAAAAGGUUGCAGAAUGUUUUCGACGUUACAGAAAUUCUAUAAUUAUUGUCCUAUUGAUUUCCUAUCGUAUUCGUUUAUCUCUAGCACAUCUCAAACCGCAGAAACCUUUGUCGCUUCAUUGGCGUGCAGCUUUAUAACUUCAUCUCUCUCUCGGAAAAUCCGGGUCCGCUAACAUUUAUUAUUUUCUUUAAUUUACGUAUUCACUCGGAUGAUCGGAUGAUAGAAAGAUAGAUAAAAAUUCGGUCGGUUUGCGUCCUCCGAUAAACCGAGCAAUGACGGACGCGGCUUUUGUUUGCGGAUGCAAUAUUUGAGUGCGUUUUUAAUGAAAGUCGUAAAAGGAAAUUGGUAUUUUGUAAAACUGUGUAGCGCGAUGAAAAUAAUAAAGGUCCGGCGACUAUGGAUUUUGCCCUCGCUUGUUUGGUCAUUUAGCUGCCACCCCUGAUAAAAGAAAUGGGAUAAACCUAUAUUUUUCCAAAUCCACAUUUCAGUAAAUUUACGACUCACAUAUAAAGGCGCGGUUUCGGCGUGCGGAAAGCAACGUCAUACACUCGGAGAAACUUAAUGAAAUAGGCCGGCUUCCCAAUUAUGAAAUUGAAACCGCCGUAUUAUUAAAAGUUUUUUCUCGUCUUAUCAUCUAAAGGAGAAUAAUUUUUAUAAUUUCUCUUUGUCAUCUCUAGGAUACGAAAUGAAAAAGUGUAUUUUUGCCGGAAGCAGUUUCUUCGUCGAGGCCGGUAAUCUAAUUUACACAACACGCAUCGAGGUUUUCUCUGUCUUUUAUCUAUUUUAUAAAUUUAUCUUUUUCCUCCCUUAAUUUCUGGGAAUCACUCCAAUUUUCUCUGUGUCUUUACACAUUUUUCCGUUUUUAUUUAUUUCGGCCCUACCUCCCGAAUUGUUUUUCACAAAACUCGCUCAUAUAUCAUUCAUAAAAACGUGGCUCAACCCUAAUGCCACCAAAUUGAUAAUUCGAUUGACUCAGCUAAAACACUAAUUACCACCACGGAAUUAAUAUUGCAAGAAAAUUUUCUACCUCCGACUAUAAAAUAUUCACGCGGACAAUCAAACGUGCUUAAUGAAAUUUAACGAGUUCCUUUCGCACCCCCUUCACCCAAUUACCGUAAAAUUUUCACAAGGUACGGUGUUUAAUAAACGAAUUGUUUCCACUUUUUGUGAUUUAGGGGUGGCCGCGUGCAGCUGGUCGCUCGAACCUCCCGAUUUUUAUUAAAAAAACCACGUAUUUGGCGAAGUUUUCGUUUAAUCCGUUGUUAUUGUGGCGACAGGCAGAUGUUCGGAAUGACAUCAAAAUAUGUAAUUAUUGUAAAAUGAGGGUCGUAUUUUACGCAAAAGGGGAAUUUCGUCCCAAAGGGGUAGUCCGUCGUACUACCGACGACAAACAACAGGUUUAACCGUAUGUUGAUUUCCAGAUUUGUGCAAAAUCGUCGGGCACGUGUCCUUUUCUCUUGUUAUUAAAGCUGGCGUUCCUUUGUUGAAUCCUUCAAAAUCGUAACGGGAAGAUUAAAUUGAUUUCUCCCUUCGCAUUUAGGGUGAAAUUUCAAAUGCACAAAUAAAAUAAACACGCGCUUUUAGGGGCAAACGGGGUAAAAUUGGCAAGUUGCAGCCGUCCCAUUGUCAACGAUAAUCCUUUAUCAAAAACGGCGGAAGAUUAAUUCUUUCAAUCCGUCGGUCGGUCGGUCGAUCGGUCGGUGUCACCGUGCAGUCAGUCAAGAGUAGUCCAAACAUUUAGUACCCACGACGCCACACGAAACACAAUUAGUACUACAGAAUUGUCGCGGUUCCGACGAAAUCUCAACGAGAACGAGGAGAGCAGAGCAGAGGCGACGAUUCUCUAUUGAAUUGUUCUUUUAGGACUUUCUUAGGGUUCAUGCAAACGACUGUAUCGUUGUUUCGUGGAAUCGAGACGAAUCUGUAUUGUGAUAGGUGAUCAAAGAAGCGGGAGAGCCGCUGUGUCCGUCACUACCUCUAUAUCUUUCCGGUUUCCCGGAGAUGGAUGACCACGGUGCAAGCCGAGGAGUUCCUGUCAGCUUUAUAAACAAAUUAACCUCAAUUUCCAGAAUCGCGACGAUUCGCGACGCUGGAAAUCAAAGCGUAUAUAUCUGGAGUAAGUGACUCUGCGCGAAUGUUGCUGAAAGGCGUGUUGUUAUAAUUAUACUAUAAAAUCGGAGGCACAAAAUCAAAAUUAGUCUUAAGGAUGUUUAGGAUACCACAUAAGUUAUAGAAUGUUUUUGUAGAGUAUUUCACAUGAGAUUAUAUCUAUUUACAUUGGAGACUCAGAUAUAUAAAAUAUACAUAUAAAUAUAACUAUUUUCAUAUUAUUCUGCGUUUUAAAUAAGGCGCCCAAUGAAUGGUUUGGAAUAGAUUGUGUAAGUGUUUAUGCUUUAUCCUUUAUGUGUUAUGUCUGUGUAUAACGUAUCAAACUAUUACUAUCUCCCAACUGCCAUCCGUUUUUUCUUUCGAACAACUUCCUAAUAUGUUUAUAACAAUAUACAAUACAACAAACAGAUUUGAACCCGUUGUUGUUGAAUAUUUUAUACGAGUUACCCAACAAGAAUAGAACAAACUGUAACGCGGUCUCAACCAAGUAUUCUGCAACCGCGACUAGAUUGUAUUGUUAAAGUUUUGUUGAUGAAUCUGUUGAGGUUGCACAAUAAUUGAGACGAUACUCUAUCGAAACGUCAAUCCCCUAGCUAUAGCAACCCUUUUCUUUUAAAAUUUAAGUUCUAUUCUUGUCGUUGGAAAUAUUUAAUCAAAAAAAAUGUAACAAACGGUCUAAAUAUGUGCCCGUAGUUGAUCUAGUCUAAUCUAGUUUUUAUUUAAUCAUAAAAAUACAAAGGGUGAUAUAAAUAAAUUUAUUAUAAAAAACGGCGCAUGUUCUGACCGUUUCCUUAGUAACUUCUGUAGUAAAACUUACACUUUUUACAUUUUCAUAUUCAGAAAUGAGUAUUAUUACAAUGAAAUGUAUUGUACUUGCUAAGCAUACGGUUUAGUGGCAAAUAAUUAUGUAUUAUGGAUAGACCUAAGAAAAAAAAAUAAAGAAAUA